AUGAAAUUAACUCGGUGUUAUUUUUUCGUAAUCUCCCAAAUCCUCUUCUUCGAAACAACAAAAUCAGUUCAAAACAGAAUCAUAAACGGCACAAUAUCUCUCCCGGCUGAACAUCCCUACACAGCCGCUUUAAUUUACUACAACGAAUAUCAUUGUGCAGGGUCGAUAAUCUCACCAAACUACAUUCUAACAGCCGCGCAUUGUUUCGUCGAUUUAAACGUUGAUAAAACCACAUAUUUAUCGAUCCAACAUUUUGAAAUUUCCGUAGGCAGCGAAGAAUGGGACAAAGGAAAACGGUACAAAAUCAAGAGAACCGUGCAACACCCUCAGUACGUAAACGAAUUUCUUUAUAACGAUAUAGUUUUAGCGAACAUUGAAACGAAACUUCAAUUUAACGAUCACGUUAAAUGGAUUCCGCUUUAUCCGCAUUUUUUAAAAGAUAAUAAAAUUAAGGUGGUUGGAAAAGUUAUGGGGUGGGGAUACACCAACGAUGGGUAUUUCUUGAAAGCUGAAGAAUCGAAACAUUUACGAACAGUCGUGUUAGAAUCGAUACCGUUGAUGGAGUGCAAAAAAAUGGCCCAAUAUAUUAGGAAAUCCAACAUUUGCAUGUGGGGGGUUCAAAAGGGGACUUGUACCGGGGAUUCUGGGGGACCCUUAGUCGUAAAAAUUAACAAGGUGGUUUAUCAAAUCGGAUUAGUUUCUUAUGGCACCGAUUGUAAUAACACCACCCCAGAAAUUUACACGAGAAUUUCGUCGUUUUAUGGAUGGAUCUCGAAAAAUGUGCAUUUACCACAUCCUUUAACCGGUUAUAAUUGA